AUGACAGAAAAGAUGAGAUCUCUCAGAAACUUUUUUCUUUACAAGUGUUUGUUUGCAUUAACUUUUUGGAACCAUGUCAGCCUGUCUGUGGAAAAUGAACUCUUUACAUCUGUUUCUCAUAGUUUUCCAGAAGAUGGUUCUGACAAAAAAUUCAAUAGCCUGCCACUCCUGUAUAGAAAUAGUCAUCAGUCCAAGGCUAUUUUUGACUGGGUUGUGAUACAAAAUACUACAGAAAGUUUGUCAUUGUCAGAAAUCACAAAUAACAAUGUAAAAAAAUUAGUAGCUUUAUUAUCUAAUUUCAGACAAGGCUCCAGGUUACAGAAUCUGACACUGACAAAUGUGUCAGUGGACUGGGAUGCUCUCAUUCGAAUUCUUCACGUAUGGCACUCAUCCAUUGAAUACUUAAGUAUUAACAGUGUAACACAGUUGUCGGACAUCAAAAGCUAUGACUUCGACUAUUCAGGUACCUCCAUGAAGGCACUGAUAAUGAAGAAAGUUGUAAUCACAGAUCUGUACUUCUCACAGGAUGACCUGUACAAAAUAUUUGCAGACAUGAAUAUUGCAGGCUUGACAAUAACUGACUCAAAGAUGGUACAUAUGCUGUGUCCUUCAUCUGACAGUCCCUUAAGAUACUUAAAUUUUUUAAAGAAUGAUUUAACAGAUCUUCUUUAUGAAAAAUGUGACAAAUUAAUUCAACUGGAGACAUUAAUCUUGCAGAAGAAUAAAUUUGAGAGCCUUCCCAAGGUUAGCUUCAUGACCAGCCGUAUGAAAUCACUGAAAUACCUGGACAUGAGCAGCAACUUGCUGCGUCACGAGGGAGCUCACGUGCAAUGCCAAUGGGCUGAGUCUCUGACAGAGUUGGACCUGUCCUCAAAUCAGUUGACGGAUGCGGUGUUUGAGUGCUUGCCAGUCAACAUCGAAAAACUCAACCUCCAAAUCAAUCAGAUCAACAGUGUCCCCAAGGGGAUGGCCGAGCUGAAAGCCUUGAAAGAGCUGAACUUGGCAUCGAACCAUCUGGCUGACCUGCCGGGGUGCGGUGGCUUUACAUCCCUGGAGUUCCUGAACGUAGAGGUGAAUUUGAUCCUCACCCCGUCUGCUGACUUCUUCCAGAGCUGCCCAAGGGUGAGGGAGCUCCAAGCGGGGCAGAACCCAUUCAAGUGCUCGUGUGAACUGCGAGACUUUAUCCGUGGGGAGAGGCAGUCCGGGGGAAGGCUGUUUGGCUGGCCGGCGGCGUACGUGUGCGAGUACCCAGAGGACUUGCGAGGGACGCAGCUGAAGGACUUCCACCUGAGUGAGCUGGCUUGCAACACAGUGCUCCUGCUUGUGACAGCUCUGCUGCUGACGCUGGUGCUGGUGGCUGUCGUGGCCUUUCUGUGCAUCUACCUGGAUGUGCCGUGGUACGUGCGGAUGACGUGGCAGUGGACACAGACGAAGCGCAGAGCUUGGCACAACCACCCCGAAGAGCAGGAGACCGUUCUGCAGUUUCACGCCUUCAUUUCGUACAGCGAGCGCGACGCGCUGUGGGUGAAGGACGAGCUGAUCCCAAACCUGGAGAAGGGUGAGGGCUGUGUACAACUGUGCCAGCACGAGAGAAACUUUAUCCCUGGCAAGAGCAUUGUGGAGAACAUCAUUAACUGCAUUGAGAAGAGCUACAAGUCGAUCUUUGUGCUGUCUCCCAACUUCGUGCAGAGUGAGUGGUGUCACUAUGAGCUGUACUUUGCCCAUCACAAAUUGUUCAGCGAGAAUUCCAACAGCUUAAUCCUCAUUUUACUGGAGCCGAUCCCUCCGUGCAUAAUCCCUGCCAGGUAUCACAAGCUGAAGGCUCUCAUGGCAAAGCGAACCUACCUGGAGUGGCCAAAGGAGAGGAGCAAGCGUGCCCUUUUCUGGGCUAACCUGAGGGCAGCUAUUAACAUUAACCUGCCAAUGGCUGAUGGAAAGAAGUGUGAGGAAGCAGAUUAAAAAUCUUUCUAAUGCAGUUUUUUCUGAAUUUUUUUGGCAAUAAAUACGUUAUUAUUCCCA